AUGCACAGGCGCAGCCCCGAGAGACCUGCGAGGAGAACUUCGCAGAGAAUCCCGGAGAAGGAGCAGAAAGACAGCCCAUUUUAAAUGGGAAAGCCGCUGGAUGUUGUGGUUUUUGGGUCGGCAAAUAUCGAAUACAUAACUUAUGUGGCGGCACUGCCAAAACCCGGGGAACUGGUGGCCGGAACCUACAUGGAGACCUGUUUCGGCGGCAAGGCGGCCAAUCAGUGUGUGGCAGCUGCCAAGCUGGGGGCCUCCACGGCCUUGGUUGCCAAGCUGGGAAAAGACGAGUCCGGCGACGAUUACCUGAACCACCUGCAGCAGCACGAGGUGGAUGUGAAGCACGUCGAGCAGGUGAAGAACAAUCCCACGGGCAUGAGCGAGAUCGCGGUGUCCGAUGAGGGGGAGCAGUACAAGAUCAACGUGGCCGGGGCCAAUGCCUUUCUUACGGGCAAGGAUGUGAGCCGCGCCAAGAAGUCCUUCCAGGCGGCCAAGGUGCUCCUCUGCCAGCUGGAAGCGGACAUGAAUGCCACCAUGUGUGCGCUGCGCCAGUUCAAGGGCGUUUCCAUACUGCACAUGUCGCCCCUGAGAAAGGACAUUCCCGCGGGCAUGAUUGUUCUACCCACUAUUUUGGUUGUCAACCAGGAGGCAGCCGCCCAUCUAACCGAAAUGGAGGAGGUCAAAACGCUUGAACAGGCCCGAGAGGCAGCCGGAAUUCUGGUGGAGAAGGGAGCCAAGAGCGUGAUCAUCACCAUGGGCGACCAGGGAGCGGUUUACAUGUCCAAGAAGAACCGCGAUAUGUGCACCCAUGUGCCCGCCUCCGAUGUGCCGCACCUGGCCGACUCCUCGGGGGCGGGCGAUGCCUUUCUGGGCAGCUUGGCCUAUCACAUCGCCCGGUUCCCCAAGCUGACUCCAGAGCAUCACAUCAGUGCGGCCAACUCCUGUGCCGCAUUAUCCCUGGGUCGCCGCGGCACCCAGCCCAGUUUUCCGGGCAAGGAGAGCGCCAAAAAUGAUCUGUGCUUCAUGACGCCCACUUUCAAUGUCAUACCACCGCCCAAUCCGGAAGCUGAGCAGGAAUCUGAGGAGGCUGCAGCCUCAGCACCAAAACCAGUAGCCCCAGCAGAAGAACCUCCAGAGCCAGUGGCUGAAGAAACACCACCACCGCCUCCUGAAGAGCCUGUCGCCGAAGCGGAGGCACCUCCACCACCUGCUCCUCCACAGCAGGAACCUGUGGUAGCUGCAGCUCCUCCACCUCCCCAGCCCGAAGAACCACCAAAAGCUUCGGAGACCGCUGAUGAGCCUCGAAAAACAGUGGAACGCACCUCUAACGAACCUGCAAAGCCCGUAGAUACCACUAAUGAACCGCCCUCUAAUAAAACAUAA